CUACAAUUUUAACACACUCGAGCGUAUCACAUCCAAAACGAAAAACCCUAGCACCAGCAGCGCUACUAAUAUUACAUAACCUCGCUGGUCACCUCUCUCCUUCACCUCAGCGGUCGCCUCUCUCUCUGUCGAUUCUCAGCAGAUCCGCCAAAAAUGCCGUUCAAGAGGUACGUGGAGAUUGGGAGAGUGGCUCUUGUCAACUACGGCAAGGAUUACGGCAAGCUCGUUGUUAUAGUCGAUGUCAUCGAUCAAAACAGAGCUCUGGUAGAUGCUCCAGAUAUGGUUAGGAGUCAAAUGAACUUCAAGAGGCUUUCACUCACUGAUAUCAAGAUUGAGAUCAACAGGGUUCCCAAGAAGAAGGCACUAAUUGAAGCCAUGGAGAAGGCUGAUGUGAAGAACAAGUGGGAGAACAGUUCAUGGGGCAGGAGACUCACUGUGCAGAAGAGAAGGGCAUCACUUAAUGAUUUUGAUAGGUUCAAGCUCAUGUUGGCGAAGAUCAAGAAGGCAGGAAUUGUCAGGCAGGAGCUUGCAAAACUCAAAAAGGAGACAGCCUAAGAUUUGUUCACUUCUGAGCUUUUCGAUAGCUUAAAAGUUCCAAAAUUUGCUCCAGUUUUACCGUUUUAUGUUGUUUUUUUUUGGCUUUUGAUUAUUUUCAUAGUUAGUGGCGGAAACCAAUUAUUAUGGAUCUUGUUACGAGGAAACAUUAAUGAUAUUUCUAGACUUGCUCA